AUGGAGUGUGUAGAAUGGGAUGAGGUCACGGAUGGACAGGGGUUGAUCAUGGAGGACCUCGUUGCCAUGGCAGGCAGUUUGAUGCUCUUCACAGAUCUGUUCUCAGAUUGCUUCUCUUACCUCCUUCCAUUUUCUUAUGCUUCAUUUAGUCCAGUCUUGUUCCCCACCCUUGACACAGACACUACUAAUUUCCACUAUGUUUUAAGGAUUGAAACACAUUUUUGCAGGGUCAUUUUUCUAGGUACAGGAUACUGGUUCUUUUGGUCCAUUGUUUUGCUGAGUUUAUUUGGGAUCCUGGCUGCCUACUGUACAUUGCUGGUGGUACUUGCAUUUUUGUUGGUUUGGGAAGGGUAUGAACCAAACCUGCACUGGUGUCAUAAGAUCGUGGUUCUGCUAGUGAUUCUGAUAUGCUCAUUUUUUUUGUGGAUUUUAUGCAAGUACUGGGAAGAAAGGUGGCUGACAGCUGGGCUGUCACUGCAGAUCUUUGCUCCCUACGUGCACCUGAGCAGCAUAACUGUGAUGGUUAUCCUUUCCUGGCCUGUAGGCUUCUACUUGAUCCAUUUGGAAGAAGAAGCUAGAAUCAGAAGAUACAAGAUGACCUAUUAUGACAGAGAAAGAACCAAGAGAUGUAAUAUACUCACAAAGUUGAGAGCUCUACAGGUGGCUAUUGGAUUGCCUUUUUUCCUUAUCCUUUUAUGUCUCUAUGUUAUGCCACUGGGGAUUCAUUCUCCCUGCAUUCAGGAGGAGGGUAAAUUGGGACCCAAGCCAGACUUCUUUGGACAUAGAGGUGCACCCAUGCUGGGGCCUGAGAAUACCAUGAUGUCCUUUGAGAAAGCUGUUGAACAAGGGGCCUAUGGGCUGGAGAGUGAUGUACAAUUAAGUUACGAUCAGAUGCCUUUUCUCAUGCAUGACAAUGACCUGAGAAGAACAACCAAUAUUAGGGAGGUCCUGCCAAAUGCCUCCUUCACACAUGCUAGCUUCUUCAAGUGGAGUUUCCUGUCGACUCUGAAUGCAGGCAAAUGGUUUGUACAAUCACGGUCGAAACCAUUUUACAAAAUGAAACCCCUAUCAAAGGCUGAUCGUGAAAAAGCAGAAAAUCAGACGAUUCCAAAACUAACCGAUUUAUUGGAACUUGCACAGAAGGAAAGAAAAUUUGUGAUAUUUGAUCUUAAUGCCCCUCCACAAAAACAUCCUCUCAGAAACACAUUUAUUCGUCAUGUAGUAAGCGUGAUCCUUGACUCUAAAAUUGAGCAACAUCUGAUUUUUUGGUUGCCAAAUUUCGAUAGGCAGUAUGUCAGAAACGCAGCUCCUGGUUUUCAGCAAGUGGGCCGGUUAUUUUCCAUUGAACAUCUUACAAAAGAAAAUAUCAGUAGAAUAAAUGUUGACUACAAGAGGUUGUUCCACAAUGGGUUGAGAGAUUAUAAAGCAGCUAACAUCAAAAUCAACUUAUACAUCGUCAAUGAACCUUGGCUCUACUCACUGGCCUGGUGCUGCAGGAUUCACUCAGUGACCACAGACAAUAUUCACAUCCUGAGUCAGCUAAAUCAGCCUUACUUCUUCAUGACACCAGGUUACUAUAUGUUCAUGUGGCUUCUCAUGGAUAGUGUUUCUGCAGUUCUCAUUAUUACCAUAUUUUAUUUUCAUUGGUGGAGACAGCGCAAAAAAGAAAUGUUCAAUAAUGCCAGCAUUCACACAGAUUCUCAGAGUAUUAGCCUCCAAAAGAGAGAACUUGGGAGUCAAGAAUCUUCAAAUUUAUCCAUAAAGCCUCCUUUCCGAGUUAUGGAAAGUCCUUGGACUCUAGCAGCCCUCUACCCAGCUUUAACCAAGAGCACAAAGAAACAUCCGUGCUCUCGCCAUCUUUUAGUAGUCCCCAAGAAGAAAGCCAGUGAACCAGAGCAAGUCAAGGAAGCCAUCAAACCACUGAUGCCUCAUGAGGAUGCUGUUAGACAACUGGCAUCCACCAAGAAGUCAUUUGAACCCAUGUGGGAUGCUGCCAGAGAGGAUACCUUCCAAACUGCAUUGCCUUCCCUGAAGAUGAAUAAACCAACAGUUUCUUCCAUAGAGAUCUCUCAGUCUGAAACAGAACCUGAAAAUACCCCCAAUAGUAAAUCCUCCCAAGAAUCCUCUCUUAUCAUGUUUUCUACCACAUCCAGCGUAUUCUCUUCUGAGCUGCUUUCAAAGAAGAAUUAG